GAUAGCGCCCGAUGGUGCUCAUUUGGUAACCUGCGACGCUUCUGUGAGCUUCCAUCGGCCGUCGAUAUUGUCACAAACUGGAAGCAGUCUCUCGUUUUGCCUCCCGCUUCCUUUGUCUUCUCCCCCUCGAUGCCGCGCCUUCCUUGUCCCAUGUUGGAGUGUGCAACUUUGACGCAAACCCCUCGCGCCUCCUGCGCCACGUCGUUUUGAAGCCCUGCGAGGACGCCAACUUCGUCAUAUUGACCACGGAAACCCCGGCUGACCUGUCUCACGCUGCUCUCCCACCCCUGACGCUUCCGCCUGGGAACCUACUCCAUCUGACGGUUCACAUCAACGACCUCUGCCACCUGCGCACGCCCUACCUUCGUUCAGCCUCCCUACGCUCUCGGCGCCGAUUGAAUCCCUCCUUUGCCUUUAUUUUCUCACCCGAUUUCUAGCGCGUUAUCCCUCAACCCGCCAGCACCUAAAAAUCUAACCCUGUUGCAACGUCCCACCCCACGGUCCGCUCCGGCUGCCCAACAUGAGGCGCUCGUCGCUGGAUCUCAGCGGAAUCUCGCGGGCUCACGAAGAGCCCCUCGGCUCGCCAUCGCCCGCCUCGCCAAUCGAUCGCCCUGAGAUGGUGCUGUCGCUAGCCGAGGCCGUUGAGGCCGACGAGGAGCUGGACACCGUCUCGGACGGCCCUGGCGCGCCUCGCAUCUACACGCCCCCACCGCACAUCGCCGCCCGCUUCUACAGGCCGUCCCAGGCCAGGCGGAAGGACUCGGCCGCGUCCUCGCGCCGCAACUCCAUCUCCUCGGCACACUCGCUGUCCUCUGCUGGCUGUGCCCGCCAGGCCGGGCCUCAGAGCAAGCACAUCGCCCAGCAUCUCCGGCGCGCAUCCAUCCUCGAGGACCGCAAGGCCCGUCUCGCCGACCGCGCCGCACACGCCGAAAAGGUGCGCCUGAGGGCUGCCCUCGCAAAGGCCACCAUCCGCGACACGUCAGCCAGCGAGGAGCGCGCGCUGGCCGCUCAGCAGACCCGCGAGCGCAACCUCGCCGAGAUCGCGGCCGCAUGUGCCGAGGAGGUCAAGAGGGCCAAGGCGGUGGCCGAGUCAACAAAGGAGAAGCGCGAGCAGGAGAUCCGCAAACUCAAGAUGCAAAUGGAGGAGCGCAUGGCUGAGGUCCAGAGGCGGCGCGAUGAGUUGAUGAGCCGAAACGCGGCCAAGACGCGCUCCAGGGGCCACAGCCAAAGCCUGGGUAACAUCCGAAAGGCCGCCGACAUGCUGUCCGACGUCAAAGAGGAGAGCAAGGAGGCGGACAGGCCCAUGACGCCAGAGUCUGCCGCUCGCCAGCUGCAGUGGUGGUGGAGGGCCACCGUCAGACGCCGCGCCGUGGCCGAGUUCCAGGCCCUGGGCCUCAACAUUGAUGGCGUACGGGAGACGGCUUUCGAGAAGGUGGUGCAGCUCCUCGCUCAGGAGUCUGUGCUGACCGCUACCUCUAGGAUGUUGAGGAUCUGCGGCCUGCGCGAGGGCGCCGUCGGGUCCGUCAACGAGAUGGCGGCCGUGCGCACUUUCCUGAGCGCCUUGUUGAUUCUCGGCCACCCGGCCCAGGUGCUGAGUAACAAGGACAAUAAGGGAGAACAGGAGCAGGUUGGGGCAGCUCUUGCGCACCCCCUCUCCAAGGAUGACCUGGCUAAUCCGCAACUGCAGGAGCUCGUUGGCAAGGCGAGGGAUCUUCUCAUAUGCUUUGAGAACAUCCUACCGCGCCUGACGUCGAUGAACGGCUACACGCCCCCGCCGAGCCUCGAGGCCCAGCUGCCCGAGACGUAUGCGGCCUUCCACAAUAUUUUCAUUUCAUGGAAGGCCCGGGACUCGGGCGCCCUCAUCGACGUCAUGCUCAUGCAGUUUAUCGAACUUGACGCCAUUUGGCAGACGGUUAAGGACAGCACGGACCCGUCGGUCACCGAAUCGUACCGGCAGAGCAUCCAGGACAAUCAGGUGAUGCUCCUCGUCCGUAUCAAGAAGCUGGCCGGUGCCGAGCAGGGCAAGAAGAUGGUGUUUGAGGCCGUGCGCAAGGCCCGGAAGUCACGCGCCGAGAUCAAGCCCAGCGGCGACACAAAGCCCCGGGAAGCGGCUGAUUACACGGUUGAGACGGCCAUGGGCGACUUGGGGACGCCCGAGUCGUUGGAGCAGAGGGAUGAGGAUUCGACGGACCAGGAGCCUUCGCCUUCUGAGCAGGCCAAGCACAUGACGGUCAGGGUCCGCAUCCCCAGGAACCGCCUACUCCCAGACAACCGCAUCCUGGUCCACGAGCUGUCUAUCGACAAGAACUACCGCUUGUCGGCGGAGGAGUACAGGGAGCAACAGGCCAUAUUCUUGGCACCUUUGCUGCAGCGUAUGCGGGACACGAUGCAGCACGAGAGUCAGGAAGAAGAGCACUUUAGGCUUCUGCUCGAGGUGGCCAAGGAGCUGCGCGGCAAGCUUCAGCGCCUCGUGCAGCAGGGCAAGUCGAUGCACACAUUCAUUGGCGAGGUGUUGGACACGGAAGUGGCCUACCAACAGUUUGUCACGGGAAGUUUCUCGUAUGAGAAGUUCUUUGUCACCAUGGGCCAGCUCUUGCCCAAGCUCUGCGCGCCCGUGCGAGACGAUGAGGUCAGAGAGCUUGUGGAAAAUGGGCUUCAGAACGGCACCUACGUCGACAGGCUCGAGGCAUUGAUGAGCUUUAUCGACGUCAUGUCGAGCGAUCACGCCAACUACCUCUUGAGCCUCGUUGCGCCACAAAUCCUAUCCUCGGCGUCGCAGUACGAAUCUAAGUGUUUUGCACAGGCCCUGGAGCGCAAGGAACACGGACUCGAGACGGCCGAGGCGUCGUGGCGGUCCGCACGUGGCAGGCUCGUGGCCGAGGCGACGCGGCGGGACCCGGAGGGCAUCUGCCAGCCCAAGUCGCGCCCGACGCCGGACCGCAUCUACACGCAGGUGCUAGUCGAUCUAUUCACUCGCCUGGGGCCCAUCUCUCUGGACAACAUACCCGAGACGCUGCGCCUGGACCACCGGCGGGCCGUGCGGUCAGGGGCGCUGACGCGGCGCAUCGUCACGACGGGGGCGAUACUGCUGCAGUGCAAGAACAUGCUGAAGCGAGACGUGCGGGUGCCGUGGAGGACCGAAGCCAGCCGCAUCAUGACGGUCCUCGAAGCUGCCGACGAGAGGCGGCUGUUGAAGCAGAAGGAGGGCGAAGACUCGUCCCCCGCUCAUGGCAGCGAGUCCUCGUCGCAAGCCGUGGUGGACGGAGUCAUGGCCGCGCUCGAGUCGGGCCGAUCAAUGCCCUCGGCGACCAAGGCGAACCUCAGGGCGCUCGUGGGAAAGAUGGAGGCGGCGGCAGCCGAGUCGGGGCGAACGGGCAGCGAGCCCAGCGAGCCGGUGUUGAGGCUACUGCUCGGCCGACUGAGGACCCACGUGCUUUCGCGGCUUGCGGCUGGAUCGGCGAGCGAGAAGGUGCGCACGGCCAGCACCGCCGGCGAGAGGCUGGCGGGACUGGGCCUGGCCGAGUUCGUCGAUCGGGUUCGGGACAUGGUGGACGAGAUCUCGCGCGUGGGCGCGGUGGACCGCGAGGCGCACGGUCCCUGGUGGGAGGCCGUCGCUGAGACUGUUGACAAGGAGGGAAGCGAGGGUGCGUCGUCGCCGUCCGCUGUUGCUUCGUCGUCGAGCAACUGAAUGAGCAACGGCAAGUGGUUACGACGUUUGUUUUGACGCAACCCUCUUCCUUACUUGCCCCACACUGUUCAGAGAAUUAACGAGAAGUUAUGAUGAGCAUGGGUUGUACGACGACGUGUGAGAUGGGCCUUGUUUUAUCGGGCAUUUGACGGGACCUAUGGGCGUUUAGCGAUGCAGAUUGGGUUUUCACUUUUCUGUUCCUCUAUCCUUCCCUUCCUUGCUUGUUGUUUCAGCAUUCUUUUUUUUUUUGCGAACACGGCAGCGAGUGCCUCAUGUUACGCCUUGUCGAUAUGGGGAUCUUGGGUGGGCUUGGGCAACGGAUUUUAGCAGGCGUUUUUGAUCUUUGUGGCUUCAUACUUUAGGGAUGGAGAAUAUUAUAUCAAUUCACUUGCGGUUGCCAGUCGUCGAGUAGCUCCGUCGAGGCGUGGGGAUGAGACGGCCUUGUGUUGUAUCAGGCGAGACUAUGGCGAAGCAAAUACCAGCCUUUCCGUGUAUGUUGCUAGCACUAGCCGCGUUUACUACUCUUAUCUUUCUUGCG